AUGGCGAUAACCAACAUCUCGUUUGAUCAGCCUCUGAUCGCGCAACAAGUCACCUGCUAUUAUCCUAUCAGCGACAUAUACUCGCCGACCCCACGGUAUCUUUACUAUGCCCUCCUGGCCUUGACCUUCAUCACCAUCAGCCACGGUUGGGUCGCUCACAUCAUCUUCGGAGCGGCAGUCGCAUAUGCCGCCACCGCAUCAAUCGAAGCUUUUAUCCUCCUUUCCGCUCAGCUUGGUGCACCUCCAGCGCAGAACGUCACGGUAGCCUAUCUGAGUCCAGAGAACUUGACAGGUGUUUCGAAUGGCUUGCAAGCACUCGCAUCAAACGUAACCUCUGUUCCGGUCCAGCCGGACUACCUGGAGCUGGAUAUCGACGCAGUUACUUCCAUCGUGGUCACCGCAUAUCUCGUGGGCUUACCACUGCAAUUUUGGUCAAGCACUGCUCGAACAAGUCGGAUUCUCCAUCUGCUGAUCUUCAUCUGGAAUAUCAUGAUGCUCGCGGGCUCAAUAUCAGUCCUCAUCCUUUGGCCGACUUUGAAUGUUGCGAAACCUCAAUAUCGAUUCUGCUACUCUGGAAUUGAAGACGGCGACACUGUACAAAAUAGUGGUUGGGACGAUCAAUUCUGGGCCGGCUCUUGGAAUGCAACCGUCUGGGGUCUGUUUGGUCCAUCGAUCAUUGACAACGAACGGUGGUUAAACCUUUCGACAAAUUGCUUCUACCCAUGCUUCAAUACCUCACAGAUUCUGCGGGAGUCGACACGGCUAAGGGCGACAGUUAUCGGUGCCGAUGGGCCUGGCGAUAGUCUGCAUACUUGGAAUGCCUGGGAAGGCGACGAAUUCCAACCCCUCGUUUAUUCGGCUAUUGCCCUCUUUACCGCUGCACAGCUAUUCCUCUCAGUUGUCGGGCGACUGAAUUUGUGCACCUCGAGAGUGCCCAUAUAUCGCCCAUUCCAGCUCUGGUUCCGGCGCAAGGAGAUCUACAGUGCCUUUAUGGCUGACAUCAAGGCCGGUUGUUCGAAAACGAGCGAUUUUCUGCGGCACCCAAUGUCCUAUUUCGCUUCAAUACGAAGCAUCAGAUUUCGCCACGCAGCAAAGGUCACGAGAGUACACAAGCAUCCCGUCACUCGAUUCGUGACCGACCUCAUAGCACUAUGUGUGCUUCUCGGAGUCAUGGUCAUUGGACCUGUGAUCAUUAUUGCUUUCAUUAUAUGGAUCGAAACGUAUAUCCAUUCCGACGGCGAACCAAAUGAGCAAAUCGAAGCCGUUGGCCAGUGGCAGUUCAUUGUCCAGAUCGGCAUUGUGCUUCUUGCUGCGGUGAUCCUGCGGCUGCGGUACAAAAUCGCUUCGGAGGAAGAGAUUCAAAGGAACCUCAGGCGUGCGAGGCACCACGUCGAGAAUCUAGAGCAGAUCGCGGAGAAUAAGAGAAUCGACAGAGAAGCUGCGGCUACAAGAAGAUUGCAGCAGGGAAGUCACAAAAUCUUCUUUUGGCGCCGGAAGAAGAAAGCAGCAAGCGAGGAAGAAGGGAAUCAAAACUCCUCUCCGUCAACGGACUCUGCAGAAGCAGCCUCGGGGGAACCGGCGGAGGGAAGAGGGGAGAAAACACAAUCCGCUCCAUUGACAGAAGGACCAGAGCCGUUUUACGUUAUUUAG